AUGCCUAGAGCAGCCAAACGCACGCAUGAUCUCAUCGACCUAACGGGUGAUGAUCAAAGUGAGACGCGUCAAAAGCGGCCCGCUCGCAACGGCGCCCAAAACUCCCCUGCACGAGGUGGAACAAGCGUAUAUGGGGGGUCCUCGCAAGUACCAUCGUCUACAGCUGACCCUGAUUUCUUUGACUUGACUCAGGAUGAUGAUGGGCCUCCUCUGGAACUCUACGGUUCUUUUGCUGGGAAGAUUGUGGGAGUGAGGUACUACAGAGGCUAUGCUUCACCAGGUGAGGCUGUCCUUUGUAGACGAGAACCCAGUAACUCGUACGACCCAAACGCCAUCCGUGUGGACAACGUUGUCGGUGAUCAAAUCGGCCAUCUUCCUCGCAAAAUCGUCGAGAAAAUCACCCCAUACGUGGACCGCGGCGAUAUCGUACUCGAAGCUCAGCUCACGGGUGAGAAAGCCUUUUAUGACUGUCCAGUUAGGCUCUUCUUCUAUGGCCCCUGCGACCCGACUGAGCGUUCCAGGAUCGAGGACUCGCUCAAGAAAGACAAGCUGGUCAAGGCUACAGAGCUCAAGAACACUAGAAAGGAAGCUGAGGCUCUUAGAAAGGCAGCAAUGGGUCUGACGAAUGGUAGUUCUACGCAGGGAGUUGGCCAGGGGCUUACUAUCCCCCAGAAGCCGGAGAUCACUAUGGAUAAUGUUCUCGAGAAGAGUCAGGCGGUUGAGAUGCGCAAGGGUGGCGACGCUAUCAAGUCUUUGGCUAUUGGCGAGGAUGAGCUGGAGAAGAUGCCCAUGGCGGACCAGCCUGAACAGCUAAAGGCGCAGCUUUUGCCUUACCAACUACAGGGUUUGGCGUGGAUGGCUUCCAAAGAGAAACCUCAACUUCCAGCCGAUGGCUCCAAAGAACCUGUGCAGCUCUGGCUACAGAGUCCCAAGAACCGCUUCCUCAAUAUCGCAUCCGGCUUUGCCACAAACACGCCCCCGAAGCUACUCUCGGGCGGUAUUCUCGCCGACGACAUGGGUCUCGGCAAGACUCUCCAGAUAAUCAGCUUGAUGCUCACCGGUGGCAAGGGCCCAACUCUCAUCGUUGCACCUGUUAGUGUCAUGAGCAAUUGGAGCCAGCAGAUCAAGCGACACGUCCGCGGGGACCAUCAGCCUGAUGUCUUCAUCUAUCACGGAGGCGAAAAAGCGACCACAGCGCAGCUUCAGAAACAUGAUGUCGUCAUUACCAGCUAUGGAAAGCUUGCUAGAGAGCGCGAUCAAGGUGUGGAUAGGGCUUUGACUUCGCAGCACAUCAAGUGGCGUCGGGUUGUGCUCGACGAAGGCCAUACGAUCAGAAACCCAAAAACAAAAGUGGCAGAGGCUGCUUGCGAGAUCAACGCAGAGUCCCGAUGGGUCCUAACAGGAACUCCAAUCUGCAACCACUGGACCCUCUGCAAAGAACGCGUCAGCGACAUCCUCGAUCUUCUGAACGAGCACGAAGUCGUCCCCCUGAACGACAAGAACCGCGGUCUCCUACAAGAAGCUCUCCGUCUCUACAUCGAGAGCCAGGAAGAAUGCGCCAUCUGCUACGACAACCCCGCAGAGCCCGUUAUCACAACAUGCAAGCACGUCUUCUGCAGGAACUGCAUCCUGCGCGCCAUACAGAUUCAGCAUAAAUGCCCUAUGUGUCGCAACAAGCUCGACGAGAACGCCCUGCUUGAGCCAGCGCCUGAAGACGCGGGUGACGAUGACACGGCUGACUUUGACGCUGAGUCGCAGAGCUCAAAGACAGAGGCCAUGAUGCAGAUUAUCAAGGCGUCAAUGCGGAAGGAGGGCUCCAAGGUCGUGGUGUUUUCUCAGUGGACUUCGUUCCUCAAUAUUGUUGAGGCGCAGCUCAAAGCUGAGAAGAUGGGCUACACACGUCUCGACGGAAGUAUGAAGGCUGAUAAGCGCGACAAGGCGAUAGAAGCUCUGGACAACGACCCGGAGACACGAAUCAUGCUUGCCAGUCUCUCCGUCUGCAGCGUCGGCCUCAACCUCGUAGCCGCCGACACCGUCAUCCUCUCCGACAGCUGGUGGGCACCCGCCAUCGAAGACCAAGCGAUCGACCGCGUACACCGUCUCGGCCAGACGCGCGAGACGACCAUCUUUCGCCUCGUGAUGGAAGGGUCCGUCGAGGAGCGCGUGCUGGACGUGCAGGGCAAAAAGCGCGAGCUGGUUACCAAGGCGUUCCGCGAGAAGAACGCGCGAAACAAAAAGCGUGAGAAUACACGCGCGGCGGACAUUUCUAAGCUGCUGAGCUAG